GCAAGCGGCAAUACGACGUCGUGGAGGAGCGAAGCCUUUUCCGGUUUUCCCGAAGCAAGGUCGUGGAUUGGUGGUGAUUGGGGAGUCCAUAGAGCGCAAUUGAAAGAGCAGAGUAGAAUUGGGAAUUGGAUCAUCGUUGGUUGUUGCGGCAAGCUAACAAAAGAAAGGAUGAUUAGCAUUCUCACCCAGGAACGGUUACUGGGAGCUUCACUGGGAGUCGUAUUGACGGGAGUGCUUGUGCUUGAGCAACGCAGAUACAUUUACGCUUCCAUUUCCAAUACCCAAUCCCAGGUUAGGGAACCUAUAUUUGGGAAGAAAUCGCGUUCUGAAUUUGCACAUGUAUGGAACAAAACUGUGGAUCAGACAUUUGGACCUUUGAUAAAGUCCAUCAGCUCACGUGGAUGGUAGAAAUGUUAUGAGUCAUUUUAUUUUUAAUACUAUCUCUUGUAACUGUGAUAUCAAAACAUACAAUACUUGGCCUUAUUUUUGUACCUUGACAUUCUAAAUUGUUUGUUGAAUGGUUGUGCACAUGGGCAGUGUGUUGCUUUAAUAUAUGAAUCAAGAUACUGAUUUUUCUUC